AUGGCUACUACCUCAAGCAACAGCAUCGCUAUCGUCACUGGUGCUUCACGCGGAAUUGGGAAGGCUAUCACACUCCAUCUGUUAUCCAAGAACGUCUCCGUUGUCGGCCUUGCCCGCAGUGCCAGUGCUCUUGAAAUUGUGUCAGAGGAGGCAGGCAAGCUUCAGACAUCAGCAAAGCUCAUUCCUGUGGCUGGUGAUGUCACCGAUGAAUCUGUGCAGCAGCAGGCUGUUGACCUUGCUACCCAAAAUGGCACCCUGAUUGCACUGGUAAACAACGCAGCUAUCACUGAGCCGUUUGCGCUUAUUGCCGAUGCUGCUGUGGACGACUGGAAGAAGCAAUUCGAUGUCAAUCUUUUUGCACCCCUGAGCCUGAUCAAAAAGUCUCUGCCGCAGCUGCGCCAGUCAAGGGGCAAGGUCAUCAACCUGACGUCCGCAAUCUUCAAGACUCCUACUAAGAACCAGGCUGGCUAUAGCGGUUCCAAGGCAGCUAUCAGCUACAUGACCCAAACCUUGGCACUGGAGGAGCCCGACAUCACUGCCAUUGCAGUCCACCCAGGUAUUGUCGACACCGACAUGGUGGCGACCUUCUACACCAACGCAAGGGACGCUGAACCUGAGCGUGAAAUUUCCGGGCGUAUUAUUGGGAACCUUGCCCUCUUUGCUGAACAUGAGCUAACUGGAGCCUAUGUUGAGUAUGACGAGCCCAAGCUUUCCAAGUAUGCUGAAUAA